AUGUCGUCCAAGUGGACGGGCGGGCCGCAGGCGGCUGAGGUGGGCGAUGGCGUCGUCGACGCGACGGCGCGCGACUGCGCGCGCGCCGCGCCUCGUCACGUUCAAACUCAGGAGGAUCGACGGCGAUUGGAGGACUUCGAGAAGCGCGCCGAUCCGAACGAUAAGGAGCAGAUGAGUUUGCUGGAAGAGAUGAAGGCGCACACCGAGAAGCUUGAGAAAAUGCGAGAGUUCGAGGAUCCGAGGCUUUCAUUCACGACUCCGGAGUUUAAAGAGGCGCAACGCAUCUUUCAGGAAAAUUACAAGAAAAAUUUUGGUCGACCGGUCGAGUACGGGAUGGUGAAGAAGUAUCCGUGGAGUACGCCGACUCUGAUGAAGCUCGACGUUCCGGUGGACGUGGACGGCAACCCAUGGCCGCUCGACGCCGAGGGUAAUCCAAUUCUUAAGGAUGAACCCGAGGAGGAUGAGUUCGCUUAG